AUGCUAGAAGGCAAGGCUGUGAUUGGUGAGACUGAUAUGCUUCAGACCAUGCAGCAAGAUGCCCUGGAUUUAGCUUCCAAAGCACUUGAUUUCUUUGAUGUCACUGAAGCCAUUGAGAUUGCCCGAUUUAUAAAGAAGGAAUUUGACAGGAUGCAUGGACCUGGUUGGCAGUGUAUUGUAGGCACAGAUUUUGGUUCAUUUGUGACCCACUGUUGUGGCUGUUUCAUUUAUUUCUGUUUAGGCAACUUGGCCAUUUUGCUCUUCAGGGGCUCAGCUGCUCCAGAGGCACAUGAAAAUCACUUCUCAGCACUAGAGGCAGCCAAAGCAUAA